CCCAUCACAAAUCCAUCUUCUACCCUUUGCUCUCUCUCUCUGUGGUUUUUCCAUGGCAACUCUUCAAGACAUUGGUGUCUCAGCAUUCAUAAACAUAGUGAGUGCAUUUGCCUUCUUGCUGGCUUUUGCUCUCCUGAGAAUUCAACCCAUCAAUGACAGAGUUUACUUCCCAAAGUGGUACAUUAGUGGAGAAAGACGCAGUCCAAGGAGCCGAGGCAAUUUUGUGGCUAAAUUUGUUAAUCUAAAUGUCAAGACUUACUUCACUUUCUUGAACUGGAUGCCUCAGGCUAUGAAGAUGUCUGAGACUGAAAUCAUCAACCAUGCUGGUCUUGAUUCUGCUGUUUUCUUGAGGAUUUACACUCUUGGGUACUCCUUCUUUUGACUAUGGAUAGUGUUUAAUCUUCUGGGUACUCUAGUUUUGACUUGUAAACCGCAAUUUUUGGCUUCGUUUUCAAGCUUUGUCUAGUUUUUUAUUUGGGUACAGCACACAUCAAGUUUAAAGAUUUUUGUACCUAUGACGGUCUUGGCUCUCCUAAUUCUUAUUCCAGUCAAUGUUUCAAGCGGAACAUUGUUCUUUUUAAGGAAAGAACUGGUAGUGAGCGACAUUGAUAAACUUUCAAUAUCUAAUGUUCGUCCUGAAUCCAUAAGAUUUUUUGUUCACAUAGCUUUGCAAUACUUGUUCACUGUAUGGACCUGCUUCAUGCUCUACAAGGAAUAUGAUAUUGUAGCAUCAAUGAGGUUGCGUUUCUUGUCUUCACAACGCAGGCGCGCUGAACAGUUUACUGUAGUAGUGAGUAAUGUGCCACAUGUUUCUGGGCGCUCAACAUCAGACACAGUGGAGCAAUUUUUCAAAACAAACCACCCAAAUACCUACCUUUGUCAGCAGGCAGUCUAUGAUGCAAAUAAAUUUGCAAAACUUGUGAGGAAAAGAGAUAGGCUCCGGAAUUGGUUGGACUAUAACCAGCUUAAGUUUGAAAGGCAUCCAGACAAGAGGCCCACUGGAAAGACUGGAUUUCUGGGACUCUGGGGAGAAAGUGUCGACUCCAUUGACUACUACAAACAUCAAAUUGAAGAAAUUGAGAAAAGAAUGGGCUUGGAGCGCCAGAAGAUUCUCAAAGACUCAAAAUCUAUCUUGCCUGUUGCUUUUGUUUCAUUUAAUUCACGCUGGGGGGCUGCUGUUUGUGCACAAACACAGCAAAGCAGGAACCCAACACUAUGGUUGACAAAUUGGGCCCCAGAACCUCGUGAUAUUUAUUGGCGUAAUUUAGCUAUACCAUUUGUUUCGCUGAGCAUUCGCAAGCUAAUAAUAUCUAUAUCAGUUUUUUCUUUGGUGUUCUUCUACAUGAUUCCCAUUGCUUUUGUGCAAUCCCUUGCAAAUUUAGAGGGUCUUGAAAAAGUUGCCCCUUUUCUCAGGCCGGUAAUAGAGUUGAAAUUCAUCAAGUCAUUUCUUCAGGGUUUCCUUCCUGGUCUUGCUCUUAAGAUCUUUUUAUACAUUCUGCCUACACUUUUGAUGGUAAUGUCAAAAAUAGAGGGAUACAUUGCAGUUUCAACUUUAGAACGCAGAGCAGCAGCAAAGUAUUAUUAUUUUAUGCUUGUUAAUGUCUUUUUGGGGAGCAUUGUAACUGGUACAGCUUUUCAGCAGCUACAUUCUUUCCUUCACCAGUCACCAACCCAGAUUCCUAGAACAAUUGGAGUUUCGAUUCCAAUGAAGGCUACCUUUUUCAUUACUUAUAUAAUGGUCGAUGGGUGGGCUGGUAUCGCUGGUGAGAUCCUUCGAUUGAAACCGUUGGUCAUAUUUCAUCUUAAGAACAUGUUUUUGGUAAAAACAGAAAGAGACAGAGAGAAGGCAAUGGACCCUGGUAGUGUGGACUUCCCGGAGACUCUCCCUAGUCUCCAACUAUACUUCCUUUUGGGUAUUGUCUAUGCAGUCGUUACUCCGAUCCUGCUUCCUUUUAUAAUAGUUUUCUUUGCACUGGCAUACUUGGUUUACCGCCAUCAGAUAAUUAAUGUCUACAAUCAACAAUAUGAGAGUGCUGGAGCAUUCUGGCCUCAUGUUCACAGUCGCAUAGUAGCAAGUCUAUUGAUAUCUCAACUUUUGUUGAUGGGCCUGCUGAGUACAAAAAAAGCUGCAAAUUCCACUCCUUUGCUGGUUAUCUUGCCCAUAUUAACAUUGUUCUUCCACAAGUACUGCAAGAGUCGCUUUGAACCUGCUUUUAGAAAGUACCCACUUGAGGAAGCCAUGGCCAAAGACAUAUUAGAAAAGACAACUGAACCUGAUCUAGAUUUGAAAGCAUACUUAGCUGAUGCUUACUUGCAUCCCAUCUUCCAUUCAUUUGAAGAAGAAGAGUUAGUUGAAGUCAAGGUAGACAAAUACCAAUCGCACGUUACCAGAGCUCCGGCCAACAUUGUGAGUUCUCCGACCAGCGAACUUAGCUCCCCGUCUCCGCCACGUCAAGCUUAUCAUCCUUCUUCUCCACCACAGGUAUAUCAUCAGCCACAUGAACAUACAUAUGAUCCUUCUCCACCCCAAUAUGUCUAUCAUCCUUCAUCUCCUCCUCAUUACCAUUCAUCCUUCCCUCAUUAUACAUAUAGCUAUGAAGAUGAACCUUGAACAAUUUUUUUUUUUUUCAGAGUUUUUUCAACUAAAUACAAAUGUUCUUAGAGAUAGUGUUCCUUUGGCUUGUAAUUAUGGGUUCAGAAAUGUAUUUUUCUUGAAAUUUACUUGAAAUUUCCAUCAUUCUAGGUUCUGUUCUUGAAUGAACCACAAGGAAAUUUAGAAAAUUGCAUAGGCUAAUUAAUUUGUAAUAUGCUUUCAAGGUUAUAUAUAUAGUAUGUUAAUUUUCA